AUGUUUUAUAAGAUGAAAUUUGUCAAACGAUUUAUUUUUUAUAUUAUACCAUUUAUAACAUUAUUUUUUAUAAUAUUUAUAUACUUAAAUGAUGAUGAAAAAGUUUCAUCACUUUAUUAUGACAAUACUGAAGCCUUAAAAAUAAAAAUAAAUGAAAAAAUAAAAAAUAUUAGUAAUGAUGUGAUACCUAUUCUUGUUUUUUGUGCCAAAAGACCAGCUGCUCUAAAAAAUCACCUAAAUUUAUUGUUAAAAUAUAGAAAAGAAAGAUGGAAUGAAUUUCCUAUUGUUAUAUCUAUUGAUGGUUUUGAUGAGGAGGUAUCAAGAGUGGUGGAUGAAUUUAUUAAAAUUUAUCCUGGAAUAUCAAAAUGGCAUCAUACUUUAACUAAAAAUAUCUCCCCAAAAUAUAAAAAUUAUAGGAGGAUCUCUGAACAUUAUAAAUAUUCUUUAAAUAGAAUAUUUAAUAAUUUUACUUUUAAAUCAUUAAUUAUAACUGAGGAUGACCUGGAUAUAUCAAAUGAUUUUUUUGAUUAUUUUAAAAAAAUGCAAAAUUUAUUAAAUGAGGAUGAGUCAUUGAUGUGCAUAUCAGCUUGGAAUGAUAAUGGAUUGGAAAAUUUAAUUGAUAAAAAUAAAACAUUAUCUUUUAAGAGGACGGAUUUUUUUCCAGGAUUAGGAUGGAUGUUAACAAAAAAUUUUUGGUUUGAAAUAAAAGAUAAUUUUCCUGAUAUAUUUUGGGAUGAUUAUCUUAGAUUGGAGAAUGUUAGAAAAAAUAGAAGUUGUAUUUAUCCAGAGGUACCUAGAACAUUUCAUAAUAUGCAAUUAGCUGGUAAAGGAAGUAGUGGUGGAAUGUAUAGUGAUAAAUUAUCAAAAAUAAAAUUAAAUGAAAGAGAGGUAGACUAUGACAAUUUUAAUAUUGAUAUAUUAAAAAAAGAAGAGUAUAAUCGUAAUUUGUUGGAAAAAAUAUAUCAUGCUAAAAAUAUUAGUAUAGAAGAUUUAAUUAAAUUAAAAAAUAUUAAAUCAAAAGAAGUUGUGAUUCGAUAUUCAAGUCCAAGAGAUUUUAGGAGGGUAGCAAAUAAAUUUAAUUUGAUGACAGAUUUGAGGGGUGGUGGAGUACCGAGGACUGCCUAUUAUGGUAUAGUAUCAUUUUUUUAUAAAGGAAAACAAAUUUAUUUAGUUCCUCAAAAUUUUACACUAAAUAGUUUUAAUGAAAAUCCCAAAGACAUUUUAUAUCAUUCUGAGUGGGAGAAAAAAAAUUUAUUUCUUGAUUUUGAAGAGACAUUUUGUAAUAAAGCCAAAUAUAAAUUACCAAAACCCUGUGAUCCAAGUAAUGAAAAAUUUCGGAAGGCAUUCAUUGAAAAAUUCCGAAAAACUAGAUUAGAAAUGUAUAAUGGAAUGAUUGUAAAUUAA